ACAAAACGAGUCUCGUUUGACAAAGAGAGGGUUUCUGAGGAUAGAUGUCGCUAAUAUGAACUUAAAAAGUUAUUAUAUAAACUCUGGAGGAAGAAAAUGAUUGGAAUAAGCCGACGGAUCUUUGUGGUGAUGCUGCAUUUUAUUACGCUCUCCGUGGCUCAUCAUCAGGACAGCCUCCGCAGGUCAGUGGAGGAUGCGCUGGAGCACACUGGGGGUCGAGCACGGCCAGGACUCUGCAGCUAUGGUCAAACUACUUCCUGUUGUUUGGGAUGGAGGAAUGUUAAUGGCAUUUGUCAGCCUGUGUGCAAGAAGCCCUGUGUUAAUGGAAAAUGUGUGGGACCAGACAAGUGUUUAUGCUCCACGGGGUAUAAAGGCCCUCAGUGUGAUGAAGAUGUAAACGAGUGCGGUUUCCUGGAGAGACCAUGUUCCCAGCGCUGCAUGAAUACACACGGUAGCUAUCGCUGUUACUGUGAACCUGGAUACACACUCAGUGCAGAUGGAUACACCUGCACCAGAGAGGCCGCAUGUUUCUCCCUGCGCUGCCAGUUUGGUUGCCAGAUGGAGAGAGGGGGAGCGGUGCGCUGUCUGUGUCCCCCCGGCCUCCACCUGGCCGCUGACAACAAGACCUGUGAAGAUAAGGACGAAUGUUUAACGGGGUCUCACCGGUGCAGCCGCCAUGCUCAGUGUGUCAACACAGAUGGUUCCUACACCUGUCAGUGUUUGGAGGACUACUUCGGCAAUGGACGCACCUGCUGGCCCAGGAGAGCCCCACAGUCCAAGGCUGCCAUGUACUUCAACUACAAACUCUCCAAAAGAACCAAACCCAUACAACCUUCAUCUUAGAGCUACUUCUUACAAACCAAAGGGGAAAACCAACAUUAGAGGUUAACUUAAGAGGUGCUCAAGUUAAAACGAUGGUUUACAGACAUGAGGACGUUUUCAACACUCACAGAACAAAGUAUUUACUUAAGUAAUGUUAAUAAUUUUCAACUCAACUGGAAGCCCGUUUCUGUUUAAGGCUGUUAUUUCUCUUCCCCGUCAGCAAGGCAAAACCUGGAAUAACCCCCUCAGCACCAUUAGUUGUCUGUUUGAUGUCUGUUGAAGGAACCCUUCAUUUAACAAAUGCACCGCAACAGGACCACACUCUGUACUUUGCCUGUGUGCGCUUCAGCCCAAAUGGACUGUGAUGACAGGAGGGUUUUCCUUGCGCUGGCAUCACCAGUGUCACAGGAACAUCAGCCCUGUUAUUGCACUAAUUUGUCCAACAAAAUGCUGCACACAGGUGCAAACACUGCUAAUGAAUCACUGGUAAUUUAUUAAAUAUUCAAUUAGGUGUAAGUUUUCUUCAUGAAAAAAAGCAGUUUUGUGAGACUUCAUCAGAAUUUGUUAAUAAAAGGCUGACCUCUGGUGGAUAGAUAAGGGAAGCUACUAUAUCAGCUGCAUUCACACAAAACUAAAAGCAUGUGGGUGACACAACUCACACAAAUAUUUACUGUUGUUUGCCGUAUGAUGUCACUGUAAAAGGUUGUUGUGAUACUAUUUUCCUGACUUUCAAAUUAAAAAGAAAUCAAAAAAAGAUGACAAAUGUAACAUAAAUUUGAAACCCUGCUAAAAAGGCA